UUCAGAGCUCUUGCAUCAGCACUGAGAUCAAACCCCUAACACAUGAGAGAGCUGUGGCUGAGUGGGAAUAAAGCAGGAGACUCAGGCAUGAAGCAUCUUUCUUCUCUUCUGGAGGAUCCCAACUGUAAACUUGAGGAACUACACCUGUCAGACUGCAGUAUUGGAGAGGAAGGCUUCAGAGCUCUUGCAUCAGCACUGAGAUCAAACCCCUCACACAUGAGAGAGCUGAAUCUGGGUUGGAAUAAAGCAGGAGACUCAGGAGUGAAGCAUCUUUCUUCUCUUCUGAAGGAUCCCAACUGUAAACUAGAGACACUAAACCUGUUAUUCUGCAGUAUUGGAGAGGAAGGCUUCAGACUUCUUGCAUCAGCACUGAGAUCAAACCCCUCACACAUGAGAGAGCUGCAGCUGAGUUGCAAUAAUGCAGGAGACUCAGGAGUGAAGCAUCUUUCUUCUCUUCUGGAGGAUCCCAACUGUAAAGUGGAGAAACUACAGCUGCAUGCAUGUAGUAUAACAGAUGAAGGUUUCAGAGCUUUAGCAUCAGUGCUGAGAUCAAAUCCAUCAGCCCUCAGAGAGCUCCAUCUGGAGAAGAAUCAGCCUGGACCCUCAGCACAGCAGCUGUUGACUGAACUGAAGAGAGAUCCUAACUGUAAACAUAUACAAAUACAUGGACCCUAAUGAAUCAGUCCUUACAAUGUCACAUUGAGAAUCUUCACUCUGAAGGCUGCAUUGAGCUGCAUCUGAGUGUAUCACUUUGCACGCUCAUAUGAAUUGUGUUUUAUUGUUACUUUUUGUCUCACCUACAAUCAAUUCCUACACACACACACACACACACACACACACACACACACACACACACACACGCUUUAGCUCUGAAAGAUCCAUUUACAAAUGUAUUGCUUUGCUUUUGCUUAUUGCUUCCAUUAUGAUCCUUGUCAUGUACAAUACACAACUCUUCUCAUCAGAUGAUCCUCAUUGUGGUACUCUUAAAUGUCAAGUAUUGAGAUUUUGAAACAUAUACUGUAUACGGCAAUCUGAAAUAUAUACGGGAUUCUUAUAAUAAACGUUGAAGCUUUUGAUAACGUACAACUGAGUGUUGGUGUGUGUUAUUGCUUCGCAGGCCUGCCUCUGUAUCUUUACCUCUCCAGGGAAAUAGCCUGAGCUUAUACAGUACCAGGAAUACAAGAGCAUGUUUAUUUGCAUAUAUAUUGUAUAUAUCUGUCUGUCUGUUUUAAAUAGAAAGAUGUUCCUAUUUCUGUUCUCCUGUUCUGUUAUACUCUAAUCAUGUCUCCCUCUUCCUUGUGUACUGGAUGCUUCACGUUCAUAAUGGAAGUGGUAUUGUUUUAAAGUGAC